GACUCGAACGUGGAAAGGACAUCAAAUUACCGAAGAAUAAAAUUGCCGGCGGCUCGUCUCGAAUUGUUCCGAACUUGCGUGCCACUCGAUCGACAAGCGAUGCAGAUACGGGUGAGAUGCAACUGCGAGAAGGGGAACUGCCCGGAGUGGGCGAUCUUUGAGUUGCAGGGAGUCGUCGAGACUCAACCUUCGUUCCAGGGCCAGCUCCAGAACCUCGAGAUCGGACGCCUUUGUCGCCCUUCACAGGGGACAUAUACUUUCACACUGGGUUAUCAUGAACUCUCUGGGACAAAAGUGCCUCUAAAGAAGCCAAUGCUAGUGAUGAAGAAAACCCAAGAUAAGCAAGCUAAUGAUAGCACGGGCUGUAGUCACUCAGGAGCAGAAUUGGAAGUCGUAGGCAUUAUCAGGCAUCGCAUUCUUUUCAAGACCAGACCGAAGGCCUUGAUAUCUAGGCCACCCACCAAGGUAAGGAAGACCAGUGCUACAAGUGUACCAGCUAGUUGAUCAAGCAAAUCAUACCUUUCAUGCGAGAAAAGUGUUAAUUUAAUGGUGUAAAGCUGCCACUAUCGUGCUUCUGAGCUACUGGUGGGGCAAAUGCAUUCAGCACUAACGCCAUACAUCUAUCGACUACCAAAGUAUCCCCCUUACGUUUAUAAUAUUAUUCUAUUAGGAUGAAUAGACUUGUGUGUUGAAAAAAAUUUGGACUGAACCAAUUGUUUACGUUCCUACUGCUUCAAUCUAAAUAUGACUUGCUAUGGAAACAGAGGCACAUGUAAGCGAGCAGUAAUCGAGUGGUUCUACUUUAUAGUGGCUGAAUAUUUGAUUAGUCAGACCUCCAUUUUUUCAGCUAUGUAAAUAUAGUAUUGACUUACGGCGUUUCAGCGUUUA